AUGUCUUCUUCGUCGCCAUUAUCUUCAAAGAAUAAUACGUUCGUUCAAAGUCAGGCACAAAAUUUUAAUCAACAAAACAAUAGUAGCCUAAAUUCGCCGAUGAAUAUAAAUCGCCAAUCGUCAGGUCUAUCUUCGUCAUCGACAACAACAACAACUCGUAUCGUUGGGCCAAGACCAUUCUAUCGUUCACGAGUAACUCCUGAUCCAUUCGAUUAUACGACUAAUGAUCGUCGAGAAAAUGAUUAUCAACAGAAUGUAUCUCAACGUCGAUAUUCAGCUAAUCAAAUAAAUGUUAACGAUAAUGAUGACGAAUGUACAUCAUCAGAUGAAUCACUUUCGAUUGAAUUUCCGCCGCCACCCAUUGCUUUUUCGUCAUCACCAACUAUUAAUGAUACAUAUCAAUUUAUUCCUGUUAAAAAUCCAUUUGUUCAAACAACAAUCGUUCGAUCAGACUCAGGUUCUUCACUUUCAAAUUCAUAUUUAUCCGAUCAUGAACCAUUAUCACCAACGAUUACAAAACAUUCACAAUAUCGACCUAUAACACCGAUCAGUAAUGCAUUCAAUAAUAAUACUAAUAGCAGUCGUCCUGUAAUAAGUGUUAGUGCCUCUCAAUCGCCAGUUAUAACGAUUGGGUCGCGAGGUUCACCAAAUAGAUCUGAAAUUCGUUUUUCAUCAUCAUCAAAUCCAAAUAAAUCAACGUUUAAAGAAAUUCUUAUCUCACGGCCUGAUUCUCCAUCAAUAUCUAUAAAUCGUCAAGGAAUAACAAAUCAACCGAUCACCUAUUCAAAUGGAAAUGAUAAUGCUUUUCAUAUCUCACUCGGUACACCGACACCUGCAAAUCAAAGAGAAAUAUCCGUAUCAUCACCAUUAUCAGCUAUUCAUAUGCUUGGACGAACAUCACCGUCAAUACGCCAGAUUGAAAUACUUCGUGAUUCUCCUCUUGAUAGUCGAUAUACAUCAAAUGUUGUUGCUAACCGUUUUAAACCCUUAAUUGCUUUUACAAGUCCGAAUGGUAAUCAAUCUCCUGUAUUUGACAAUAUAGAACGUCAAUCACCAUCAGUUGUAAAUCUUCCACCGACAUCUUCACAUCCAAAUUCAAAUCCAACUCCAUUUACCAUACGUAGUGGACAUCAAAUGAGAAAAGAGCCAUCGGAUGUUGAUCAACUAACGAAAUUAUUAAUGAAAAGUAUGAAUUCAUCAAAUGAACCGAACUUUUUUGGGAUGUGUGCGAGAUGUAAUGAUGAAAUAGUGGGAGAAGAAAAUGGACUUGUUGCUAUGGAUAGAAUGUAUCAUGUACCAUGUUUUACAUGCACCAUGUGUGGCUGUCGUUUACGUGGUAUGCAUUUUUAUUCAAUGGAAAAUAAACCAUAUUGUGAACCAUGUUAUGUUAAUUCAUUAGAAAAAUGUGUUGUUUGCGCAAGACCAAUCACUGAUAGAAUUCUCCGUGCGACCGGUAAACCUUAUCAUGCUGAAUGUUUUUGUUGUGUUGUUUGUCAUAAAACUCUUGAUGGUGUCCCAUUUACAAUUGAUGCAAUAAUGGAAGUACAUUGUAUCGAAUGUUUUCAUCAAAAAUUUGCACCACGAUGUUAUGUUUGUCAUCGACCUAUACUACCCGUCAAUGGUCAAGAUGAAACUGUUCGUAUUGUAGCACUGGAUCGAAGCUAUCAUAUUGAUUGUUAUCGAUGUGAAAAUUGUAGCAUACAAUUUACCAGCGAAGAAGGAUGUUAUCCAAUAGAUGAUCAUGUUUUUUGUAUGCAUUGUAAUCGUAUCUAUUCACGGACGAUGUUGGGUCAUGCAUAA